GAGUUUGAGCCUGUUAUUCCCCUUCCACCUAUGGCAGAACAUUUCAAUGGAGAGGAGAAUGAAACUGAGGUAUUGUGUUAUAGAAAUUUCAUUUAUAACAUUGUAAAAUAGCAGGUUAUCAUCUAGUGUUGAAAUCACUAAUGUUAGUUUCAUACCUAAAUAUUCACAUUUGAUCAAGCUUUUUUUACUUUUGCAAAUUAAAAAGUUUUCAAAAAAAUAAUUGUAAUGAAAUAAGUUGCCUUGGUUGCUGUUUAAAAUAUAUUUCAAUUUUUAUUUUACAUCUAAUGAAAUAGGCUAUAGACUAUAUAAAUAAAUGAUUAGAAACACACAUUUUCUUCAAAGGUUAUUGUUGAAACGUGUUGCAUGUAUAGAUUUGAUAAAGAAUCCAAAGUUUGGAAAGAAAAAGGACAUGGUGCAUUGAAGAUUCUUAAACACAAUUCAAAACUUCAGUACAGGAUUGUUAUGCGGAGAGACCAGGUGAGAUAUGUUUACUUAUUUAUAUCAGUUGUUUACAUAGGUACAAAAUUUCGGAUUAGUUUUUUUACAUAGGUACAAAAUUUCAGAUUAGUUAUUUAUAUUGUACAAUAGACAUAAGUUGUUAAAAUUGCUAAAAUAAUUCAAAUUAGUUGUUUAAAUUGGUACAACAUUUCAGAGUGUAUAUGCAAGACUAAAUAACUGAAAGUUAAUCAAAUUUAAAAGCUAAAUUCAACAAAAUAAAGCAUACAUAUAUGUUUGGUAUAAUUAUAUAGCUGAUUCAACAGUACACAUGUGGAUAAUGCCCUUCCCAAGGGAUUAAGUUUUUAGGACAGCUAGUAGUUAUCGCUUAUCUUCACAUACCGUUUGCUUAAUUUUUAAGAUACUCCUCAGUUAGAUUUUAAAAACUGAUUUAAGUUUGUACAAAAAUGCUAACUACGGAUCUGUUAUGUAACAAGUGAAAUUAUGAAUUUAGUGAAGCUUAUAAAAAUGAUGAAAUAUUGUUCUACAAAGUGUGCAGAAAACUGUUAAAUAAAAGCAGAAAAAUUCAUAAAAUAAAUCUGAAGAUAGUGAUGAUAUUUAAUUCAAAAGGAAAACUGUAUGCUAUGAAAUACAAACGUUGUGAAUUGGGUGGGGUGGGGAGAGAGGUGAUACAACUGAAUAACUAACCAGAGCAUAAUAUAAAAUAGUUUUUAAUAUUCAUUACAAAAUGAAAGUCUUUAAAAUUUCUUAUAAAAAUUAAAAUUAACAAAAAUAUAUAUAUUCAGAUUUGUUUUUUUUUAAAUUAUUUUUUUCAGGUCCUGACAUUAUGUGCAAACCAUUUGAUGACCACUGACAUGACAUUUACUCCUAUUUCAAACUCUAACAAAAGUUUUUGUUACUGGGCAUUGGAUUACUCUGAAGAGGAAGGGAAAGUUGAGUUUUUGGCCAUCAAGUUUAAUAAAAAGGAAAAGUCUGAG